AACAUUCGACUAUCAAGAUGGCCACUACAAUUCGUAACAUUAAGAGCGUUUUACCAACACUCGACAGAAUUCUCGUACAGCGCUUCAAACCACAAGAGAAGACAGCCAGUGGUUUGUUCUUGCCUUCAUCUUCUACUGCAUCUCCCCUUCCAGAGGCUACUGUUAUCGCUACAGGCCCAGGUAUCAGAGACACAAAGACAGGAAACACUAUACCAAACUCCGUAAAGGCAGGUGACAAGGUCUUGCUCCCAGGAUGGGGUGGUUCAUCCAUCAAAGUUGGCGAAGAUGAGUACUACCUCUUCAGAGAUUCUGAAAUCCUUGCCAAAAUUCAAGAAUAAGCAUCGAUUCAAAUAAAAUUCAUUAAAAUGUUACUUUCUAUUAAAAUAUUAGGGAUAUAUUUUCGUUUAAGUU